AUGGAAUCUAAGCUAAGUGAUGGUACGCAGAUUGAUGAAUCCAUCCCGGUCAAACUACCAGGCAAUUAUCCCAACGCCCACACCUCAAUUGGUAUGGUUAACUCUACUGGAGAACCCCCCUCUUACCCCGACAUAGAACCCUACAAAUAUAUGGAAUCCCUUAGUUAUUCCAAUUCGCAACCUCCAGGAAUCUCAAAUGCAGUCAAUGACUCCUACACCGAAGAAGGUGUGGAAGGUACACGAGUUAUAGAUGAAACGCAUAUCCAUCAGGAAUAUUUACCAACGCAUGUUCCACAUGCAGAGUAUAUGCAGCCCUAUGGCACAGAAUUUGAUCUCUCCCAUAACGGCACCAACACCUACGGGGCCCUAGUGACUGACGGCAUAGGGUUGGGUAUGUCUGUGUCAGACCCUCUGGGCGUAGAUAUGGGCCAUUUAAAGGAAAAUGUAAAGGGGCGCCAUCCGAUGUACCCCGCUGCAAUGCGAAUGCAAUCGCAUGAUGGAAUGCCCUUGUUGCACGCUGACUCAUUGGAGCAGCACAGAAGGAGUAUUGGCAAGGGUAGGAAAAACAAAAGUGAGGCUAACGAAUUGGUUAGGAGGGCGAAACAGCUGCCUAAAGUUAUGGGCGUGAGAUAUGACGCCAACCACCAAUACUGGGUCGCCACUUGGUACCAGAAUCGCAAAAGAAUGGAUCGCUAUUUCUCUGUUGGCCGCUUCGGUUUUGAGGAGGCCCGUCUCCUUGCAAUUGACUGCAGGAAAACUGCAGGAAAAUCUCUGCAGGGCAAGAGCUAUGAUAAGCAGAUGUCUAAUGAGAAGCAUAUGAAGGUUGUUGAUAUGUAUGGUGAGGAAUUUGCAGCGAAUAAUCUAUCUGUGGUGGCAGGGAUGCCUAUGGGUUACAUGGACCCUGUUCAUAUGCAACACAUGGACUCUGAUAAGCUUAAUAGUGAUAAGGGGGAAGAGUACGCGGAUGGUGAUAUGAAACACAGGAUACAGUAUAGGGGCGGAGAUCCCAAUAAGAAGAGUAAGGAUUUUAAUCGUCUAAAUGUGUCGAAAGUGGCUCUAAAUUACAUCCUUUCCGAUCUGUGUAACAAUUGUCUGCCUACAAUUCUUGAAAACAACCAUAUGCCUGGCGAACUAUACAUUCACUGUUAUAAUAAAAUAUCCGAUCAUCUGCAAAUGAUAAUCACAGCUAGCCAGUCUGAGGACAUUGAAAAAUAUCUACAUUUGUUCCAGUUGUGCAUCCAAAACCGCGUGCUGCCUAGCGCCUUGCAAGUCCAAGAGCAGCGAGCCAUGAUCACCAGGCUCUGUCAGAUCUAG